AUGUCCAUUUUCUUCCAUCGUCUGCCGAUCCUGUGCUUCGUACUGGCUUUGGCCAGCAGCAUCACAAAUGCCAACUUUAUGAUCGCAAAGCCCAAUUGCGAAAGCAAGUGCGGCAACUUAACCAUACCGUAUCCUUUUGGAAUCGGUGCAGGGAACGGUUGCUCACUAUCCUCCGGCCGUUUCGACGUCACCUGCAACACUUCAUUCAACCCCCCCAAACUCUUCAUCGCCACAGGAAACAUCGAAAUCCUCGAUAUCACAGACAACGCCGUACGUGUCAGAAACUUGGUUGCAUCACGAUGCUACAAUAGAUUCGGAAUCAUAACCCAGGACAACAACAGAGUCUCCAUCAACCUCACGGGCACCCCUUACACCUUCUCCGACAAGAACAAGUACACAGUGGUCGGAUGCGAUGAGUUUGCGAUGAUAAAUGGAAUUGAAGGACGGAAUUUCACCAGCGGAUGCGUCUCCUACUGUUCGAGCCUGGCAGGUUUGAUUGACGGAGAUUGUUCUGGGAUUGGUUGCUGCCAAACUGCUAUUCCAAAGGGUAUGAAGACUUUUGAUUCAAUUCUUAGCACUCUGUACCGACACGUGGAGGUUUGGUCCCAUUCCCUUUGUGGUUAUGCCUUUCUUGGAGAUCCAGACAGAUUCAGAUUCAGUGUUUCUGAUCUCAACGACACCAGUUUCAAGAACACAACCAUAGAGAAUACGCCUGUGAUUCUUGAUUGGGCAGUUGGAGCUCAGAAUUGUAGUGAAGCCAGGGGAUCAAAUGAUUUUGCAUGUCUUGAUAAUAGCUACUGUGUUGAUUCUGAUAAUGGUCUUGGCGGAUAUCGAUGCAACUGUUCCGAUGGAUAUGUGGGGAAUCCAUACCUUAGUCCAGGAUGCACAGAUAUUAAUGAAUGUGGUAAUAAUCCGUGCGACGAAAAUGGAAUUUGUACAAACACUCCAGGAGGUUAUACAUGUUCUUGCAAGAAAGGCUAUUUAGGAGAUGGCAAAAAAGAUGGUCGUGGUUGCAUUGCUAAUAAUUCCAAGUUCCCAGUACUCAAGUUUGCUUUAGGCAUGAGUUUUGGAUUACUGGCCUUGAUAAUUGGUAUGACUUGGCUAUACUUCAGUAUCCAGAAAAGGAAGGUCAUAAAUCAAAGGGAGAAAUUCUUCCAUCAAAACGGUGGAAUGUUGUUGAAGCAGCAACUUUCUUCCGACGAAGGCACCACAAAAUCAACCAAGAUAUUCACUGCCCAAGAGCUCGAAAAGGCCACCAAUAAUUACGCAAAGGAUCGAAUCCUAGGCCAAGGCGGUUACGGCACAGUCUACAAAGGCAUCCUUCACGACCCACAACAAAUUGUAGCAAUUAAAAAAUCCCGAGUAAUGGAUCAAACUCAAAUUGAACAGUUCAUCAACGAGGUCAUAAUCUUGACUCAAGUCAACCACCGAAACGUGGUCAAACUUUUAGGUUGUUGUCUCGAAACCGAAGUUCCUAUGCUGGUUUACGAAUAUGUCUCCAACGGCACACUCUUCCACCACAUCCAUAACAGUGGGGGCAUGCCUUGGUUUUCGUGGGACAAUCGUCUCAGAAUUGCUGUUGAGGCUGCUGGCGCGUUGUCCUAUCUCCAUUCUGCAGCUGCAAAGCCAGUUAUUCACAGAGAUGUCAAAUCUCCAAAUAUAUUAUUAGACGAAUUCUACAAUGCAAAAAUAUCGGAUUUUGGUGCUUCGAGAUUGGUCCCUAUUGAUCAAACACAAGUGACUACUUUAGUGCAAGGUACAUUGGGUUAUUUAGACCCUGAGUACUUCCACACGAGCCAGCUUACUGAGAAAAGCGACGUAUACAGCUUCGGAGUGGUUCUUGCGGAGCUUAUGACAGGAAAGAAACCACUUUCCACCACGAAAACUCAAGAUGAAGUGAAGAGUCUUGCUACUUUUUUUGUUGUAUCGAUUAAGGAGAAUCGUCUGUUCCAAAUUCUGGAUCGACGUGUGCUGAGAGAAGGGAGCUUGGAGCAAAUCCAGGCUAUCGGUGAGCUUGUUAAGAGAUGUCUGAAUUUGCACGGUGAAGAGAGACCGACCAUGAAAGAAGUGGUGAGAGAACUGGAGAGUUUAAAGAAGUUCAGCAAACUACAUCCUUGGGUACAGCAACAAGUUGAAGAGGAAGCUGUUGGAUUGAUGAGUGAGGAACCGUCGGAUUUGUAUGCGAUCGAGAUUGAUUCUCAGGUUGUCACUGGGGAGUACUCUGGUCAAUAUCAUCAUUCCGGGGCUACGCCUUUGAUCUAUGGCAGUCAGAGUCCCCGUUGAUAAAGUUGGUUUCUUUUUCAUUUUUAUGAUUAUAUAAGUUCUCUUCUUUUAAAGUGUAUAAUGUUUACCAGUUUAAAAGCUUGCAUACGUGUUUCGUUGAUAUCAAUUCUAUGGAUUUAGAACACGAGUUCUUACAAAUCACUUGUAAUAAAUGACAUCAAUGAGUUGGAUUGAAA